CCCCUCCAGAUCUGAAAGUUUAGAAAUCAUAGAAAAAGGUCUUAGUAUUCCUCAUGUCUUUCAUGCACAUCAAAAAAAAUUCCUCAACUUGCUUGCCGUUCAACUCUAAGCAAGUUUCAGAUUAUGGUACCUUAAAUAUGUGCCAAUAUUCCAAUCAUAAUAACUUGUACUCAACCAUCACCUCGCUUUCUAUAUAUAUAUAUAUAUAUAGAUAUAUAUAUUUUGUGCAAACAUUUCUUUUAAACUCAACAAAAUGGGAAAAUUGGCUUUUAGAUUUUUGGUGGUGUUGAGUUUUAUUUCAUUCCUUCUAGUCCUGCCUUGUGCUCAAGGAUGGAGCAAAGAAGGUCAUAUCCUAACAUGUGAAAUUGCACAGGAGCUACUGAAUCCAGAGGCAGCAGAUGCAGUUCAAGAUCUGUUACCUGAAAGUGCCGGCGGAAACUUAUCGGCGAUGUGCGUAUGGGCCGACCAAAUCCGCCUCCAGUCUAAGUACCGCUGGGCCAGUCCCCUUCACUACGCCAACACCCCCGACUCUUGUUCUUUCGUCUACAAAAGUAAAGCAAAACUUUUUUUUCCCCCAUCCCUAAGGUUAAAUAAAUUCAUUCCGAUUAUUAAACAAAACGGUGACCGUUUUCGUAUAGGGGAUUGUCAUAACGACGCCGGACAGCCGGACAUGUGCGUCGCGGGUGCCAUUCGAAAUUUCACCACUCAGCUCACAACCUAUAGAACACAAGGCUCCGACAGUCCUCAUAACUUGACCGAGGCGUUACUCUUUCUUUCGCAUUUCGUUGGGGAUAUUCAUCAGCCGUUGCACGUUGGGUUCGCGAGUGACGAGGGAGGAAACACCAUAGAAGUACGGUGGUUCCGCCGCAAGUCAAACCUCCAUCACGUGUGGGAUAGGGACAUUAUUCUUACAGCUUUGGCAGAUUAUUACGACAAAGACGGUGGCCUCCUCUUAGAAGAACUUCAAAGGAAUUUGACUCAGGGAAUUUGGAGCAAUGACGUUCCGACAUGGGAGCGUUGUGUUAAAGUUAAUUCAUGUGUUAACAAGUGGGCUGAGGAGAGUACAGACUUGGCUUGCAAGUGGGCAUAUGAAGGAGUUGAAGCUGGAAUUACUUUAUCAGAGGAUUACUUCGAUUCGAGGUUGCCCAUUGUGAUGGAACGAUUAGCUCAAGGUGGGGUCCGGUUGGCAAUGCUCUUGAACCGGGUUUUUUCUGAAGAUGCUACACAAGGAUUUGCCUAUUCAUCUUGACUAAUUCCACCAUCAAAUUUAGGAUUUUUUUUUCCCUUUCUUUUUAGCUAAUGUCAAGAAUGUCUAUUCAUCAAAUUGUGGUGUUAAAUAAAUUGGCAUUUGAGUUCA